AUUCCUUUUCAUCUUUGCAAAGGAAACGGAUGCUAUAUUGAGCUAGACGUAUAUAUUUCUUUUCAAAAAAUAUAUUAAAAACAAAUUUGAAAAGUCAAGAUGUCGUCUUUCAUCUCGCGACUACUCAAAUCUCCUUUCGCUUCCAAGCGUCUCGUCUCGCAAUUGACGCAACGCGGCGAGGGGAAGCUCGGUGCAGUGCUGCGUCAGCUCGGUUUGAAGCGUAUGCUCGGCAUCUUUGGGGUCAAGGAGGGUGGCGGCACGCGUGCCAUAUCCACAACUCCGGUCUUGAAGAAAGAGCUGACCGAUGACAUGGAGCUGGCCACGGGCAUCUUCAAGCGCGAGCUAAUGCUACGCCAGGCGGGCUGCAACGAUCCGUGGGCCAUGAAGAGACCCAUGAAGCGAGGCGCCGGCAGAGAGAAUGAUCCGACGGUCAUACCAUCGGCAUUUGAUGGUCGCCUCGUGGGCUGCUUGUGCCUGGGCGAUCGUGCACCCAAGUGGAUGUGGCUGGAGAAGGGCAACCCCAAGCGCUGCGAAUGCGGACAUUAUUAUGUGCUAAAGAAUGUGCCGGCUAUUUGAAUCGGAGCACGGGACAAAUGGAGCGCUGUAUCUACACACAACGUACACACAACGAAUACACACACAACAAAUGCUCAUACAUAAUAAAUACUCGUACACAACCAAAUUCACACGCCAACAAACACAUUGAACUGAUCUACAGAAAAGAACACAUAUCGAAACCUAAAUAGUAUUCAUAAAACAUUGCAUGAUAUUAUCCAAAA